CUGUGUACAUACAUUUUGUGCGAGCAAGAUAUCGUUCUAUGUAUACAGUAAUAUAAUCGUAUAUGUACCGUAUUUUAUUCUACGGUGCAGGUUAGACUGUAAGUACUGUACAGCAAGUUUUCCGUCUUGACCGUCCGGCGUGGAACUCAGUACAUGCGUAUGCAUACAUUUUACCGCUCGCAGGCGUUCACGGUAUCACUACCACUGUAAAAAGCGGAAACGCAAGCUUUGCCACCUGAAACCAAUCUGUCAGCGUAAUUAUUCUACCAACUGUGUAGACAAUGUAAGGUACUCACAUUACUGUGGAUUACAAACCUGCUCUUUGUGCGCGUAAUAUUCUUGAUUUUAUCACAAAGACGGUGCUGAACAAGCAUGCUGGAGUAAUAAAGCAUCUAGACUGCACAAGUUCUCGGAUUUCUUCAACCGAAGAACGGUAAAGGUGGAAAGAUUACGGCUAAACAUAACGAUUAUCAGGAUUUGCUGCCGAUGAUCGCGCACAAGCGCAAUCCAGGAUGAACUGGUUCCGAUGCAACACCGUGGAGGUCGAUCUCUAUCAGUUGCUAUAAUUAUGUUGCAACUUCCGCUACCUAAUUACCUGAUUGGGAAAAACAUCCUCCUUGCAAACCUGACCUUUACCCGACGUCUGUCAAUCGGAUUGAACUGGCUGCAGUUAUUUUUAUACGUCUUCUACCUGUUUUACAUUGGUUUGUCCCUGUAUUUUUUCUACAUCGGCUUGUCGGCAUUUUCUUCAUUUCCGGUAUCGGGGACAUUCUUCCGGAUUUAUCCCUUAGCGUUCCAGACGUCGCGUGUGGCCUCCACAGUGACAGUGUGCUUCGCCAUGAUCAUGUUGGUAACCGGUGUCAUGGGGAAGUUUGCGGUGCGGAUGAAGAGCGGAUGUUUACUGAUUGCGGUGAUCUUAAUGCAAACUGGGAUCAGUGUUCUCUUAACCGGAACAGCCAUUUACGCACACGUUGUCAUGCUGGAUGAAGGUACCAUGGACAAUGCGCUGCACUUCUCGCCGGAGGACAAACAACAUUUUAUCGCAUUUCUUCAUCACACGGCAAAUACGGCUACUGGACUGGCAGCUGCUGUGAUAAUGGGAACGAUAUUAACAUUAACCUUGUUUGUCCUCCUGAAAGUCAAUGCACGACUGCAGCAAAAAAGAAGAGCAAGUACAGCUGAUACCCUUGAGCUCUUCGAGGCGGAAUAUCAAUUUUAAUAUAUGUCCGUGUUAAGUAUCACGCUCUUUCUCGCCGGUGAAUUGAAGACACCUCUGGCCUGGUUCCAAUGUGCCGCCGAAAGCUUUGGUUCCAUUUUUUAUCAGCAAAUUUUACUUUUACUGAUACAACACUGUGAAGAUUAUAAUUUUGUUUUUUUCGUGGCAGCAAAUGGUCUGAUCUCAUGAAGAAUUGUAUUUGUUAUGCUGAGUGUGAAGUCAUAUUUGUACAGUAAAGCAACAAGAAAGAAAC